CCGCCGUCGCAGUUGUCCCAUUGAAGCGGUGACUCGCGGAGCGAAAUACAGAGAACCGGCGGCAACUCGGUGGCCGGUUUGAAUCGCGAAUGACAAAUAAAGCAAAGGAAUUCAAAUUUUACCGAGCGGUGAUAAUAUCCCAGUGAAUUCAAACAAUCCUCAACAAUACCCGUAAACAAACACAAACCAUGGUGAAAAGUGGCGAUUAUCAGUGAGUUAAAGAUGGCCUGGAACAACUCCGGGGCUAAUUUAACGGGGCUUUUUUCGCCCCUAGAUAACCAUUCCGCGUGGUCGAAAGACGGAGGGGACGAGGCUUACCAGAUGCUGGGUCCGCGUCGAGACGCGCUCUACGUUGUGGUGCCGAUAACGGUGAUGUACGCGUCGAUAUUCCUCACGGGUAUAAUCGGGAACGUGAGCACGUGCAUCGUGAUCGCGCGUAACAAGUCCAUGCACACGGCCACCAACUACUACCUCUUCAGCUUGGCGGUCUCCGACUUGCUCCUCCUGGUCUCCGGACUUCCGCCGGAAAUCUACCUCGUCUGGUCCAAGUACCCCUACGUAUUCGGCGAGGGUUUCUGCGUUCUGAGAGGACUCGCAGCCGAGACGUCGACGAACGCUACCGUGCUCACGAUAACGGCCUUCACCGUCGAACGUUACGUGGCGAUCUGCCACCCCUUCCUCUCCCACACCAUGUCGAAACUCUCCCGUGCGAUAAGGUUGAUCCUGGUUAUCUGGUUGGUCGCCCUUUGCUUCGCCGUCCCGCAGGCCCUCCAGUUCGGCAUCGUCGUCCACCCCGACAAAGCGUCGGACAUCGUUAUGUGCACGUACAAGACGGUGAUCCUCGAGCACUCCUUCGAGCUUUCGACCUUCCUCUUCUUCCUCGUUCCCAUGACCCUCAUCACCGUUCUCUAUGCUCUGAUCGGACUAAAGCUCAGGAAGUCGAACAUGAUGAAGAGAGUUUCGGGCAGCGGUCCUAAUGGCCGGAAGGGCGCCGUCGUAACACUGAGGAAGGACAGCAGGAACUGUCGACACAGCACCGGAAGGUCGUCUCAUCGUGUUCUGAAAAUGCUCGUGGCUGUUGUGGUGGCGUUUUUCAUCUGCUGGGCACCGUUUCACGUCCAGAGGCUGAUCGCGAUCUAUGGGACUAACACGGUGGACCACAUAAGCUCCAACAGCCCUUGGAUGGCCUUUCUGUACCUGCUGUUCACCUACAUUUCCGGGGUUCUUUACUACUUCUCGACAACCGUCAACCCCAUCCUCUACAACAUAAUGUCCAACAAGUUCCGCGAGGCUUUCAUGGAAACCCUCUCCCGCUGCUGUAGAAUCGGUGGCUACAAGGGCAGGCGAAGCCAGCGUCGUUCCUAUUCGACCCUGUCGCGGUCCCAGCAGCGAGCAAACGGCGUUUUCGGCUGUCGAAACGGGGGCCCACACGGGGCCCAAGAAAGCACGGACUGUUCGGGUAACUCCCAGUCAAUAAGAGACGACAGCUUGCAGCAGAGCGUAUCGGGGGGCGGUGGUUGCAACGCGAUUUCGAAGAACCCCUCGUGCGAUUCGCGGCUACCAAUGUCGGGAAAGCGUUCCUCGUCUCGUCGUACGCUGAGCACGGAAAUCGGAAGCAGCGAGGCGAAUCCCAGCGGCGUUAAGCUCAGCGGUCAAAGUCAGCGCGGGCGUUGGUCGCAAGCUCGUAAAAGCUCGCCGCGAAGGGAGGGGAGUCCGCAUAGUCCCGAGGGAGCUGCGAAGGUUCGGGGAACGGCGAUCGUCUACUACAGGAGGAGCGGCAGGCCGCGGAACCGACGGUGGUGGGACAUCUUCAAGUGGCUUUCGGGCCGCAAGCCCGUCGCGGGACGCGGGGCAUCAUACUCGCCUCCGGGGCCCCUCGAGAACGUCAUCAUCGACGUGCAGAUAAACCCCGAGGAGUACUCGAUGACCCCGUGCAACAUCAGCAACACCAGCCUCAGGGACGUCGAUCACAGGGCGAUGGACGAGGAGCUUUCCGCGUACAUGGAGGAGAUCAGGAGGAGGGAGCUUCAGGGCGAGAUUAGGGCCUCGGGGAACGGCUAGGCUACGAACUCUUUCGUCUUUUUGUCGAAAUCGCGGCCAGUCAGCUGUUUCGUCUGGUUAAACUGUGGUAGUGGGUUUAACAAAUUGCCCUUGGAGAAGAUCGUCUGGUUUAAUUGGUGCGCAGGCUGCGAGAUGAGGACGCGUAAUUUGCGUCCCGUCAGUUUUUUACUUACACUCCGGAGACAAGAUUCGUGCGUGCGGAAAAUGAUUAUUAAUUAGAGUGCGGGUGCUUAAAAUUCCUUGUUAUAAUAAUGCGGUGUGUUAAUGUAAAGAAAAUUCAUCAUGUCGUUUCCUGAUUGGACGGAUUAUAUUAUGUUAUAUAGCUGCUGUUUUGAGGAACGACGCAUCACAGACUCGAUUUUUGCGGUGAUUAAUUCACAUCAAACCGGUCAUCCAGAUAAUGAGAUUAUUAUCGAUGAUGGAUUAGCGUCGAGUUCGCGUGGAAGAGAUGACAAGAAUGUUUUCGCUGAGUAUAUUUCAUUAUUGGUAAUUUUUGUGUUUCUUUUUUCUUUGACAUUUUUUCUUUCAUUCUUCUUCUUUCUUCUUCAGUAUUGUUUUCACGCGUCAUUUGAGAUUGCUGUAGCGUUCGUAAGCUGGCAAGAAUAGUGUAAAUUGUAUAAACAUAACUGAUUAUUAAUAUAACAUGUAAUAUAUUUUCGCAUCGACUGUUUGUUACUGUUUGUAUAUGAUUGUAUCCUGUAUCAAAGACGUUAUACUACAAUUAGUGGCAGAUACGGUUCGCGUUAACGUGACGUAUUUUUCGUUACUCCAUAAUAUAAUCAUAAUUAUUUUAAAGAGUGAGAAUAAAUUCACGAUUUUCGCAUUAAUGAACUAUCUAUGUUAUAAGUAUAAUGCGCGUGCGUGUGUUUAAAAUUUCCGAAGGAAAUGAAAGAGAAAAAGAAAAAAACAAUUAAAGAAAUAAAAAAGUCGACACUUAUCACGUCAAUAAUUAUUCACGCAAAUUAUUUUUUUAAUUCCAAUUUCCAAUGUCUCGCGUAUAGGACGAUUAAAAUAACGUUCAAGCUCAAACUGACAAAACGAAUUAUGAACGUAGUAUUAUAGGGGAAAUUUUUGCAUGUAUAUACGCAAUGACACUUUAUGACGCUAAUGUAAAUAAAUUUAAUCUACUCAUCAACGACUCGUGUGAUCGAUCGCGGUAUGCGCGAUUAUUAGUUAGAGUUGUAAUUAUACCGUGGGGGAAAAAAAAUUGACCAAUUACAUACGAUGUGUUGGAAAAUCGAUCGAUCAUUGUACGUUUAAUGUUUAUUGUUGAAAGUAAUCGGCAGUUGAAUGGCUUUAUUGUAAUGUUAAUUUGUUGGAAAUUUUCUGUGAAAAAGCAAAGUAGACAAAAAAAAAAAAAUAAUAAAUUCAAAUAUUCUUUAAGUGAAAAGAAUUGAAUUGGAGUAUACGAAUAUUUAAAAAAACGAAGUCAAUCAGACGGACAACGAUUUGAGAUAUAAAAUUAGGAAUAGGCGCAAUUACUGUGUUGUGAAAUUGCAAAAAUUUUUGUUUGUGUAAGGGUGAGAGUAAUGAGCGCAUAAGUAGAAUUACCGAAGUGAUAAAUAAUCACCGGAUAGCUAUUGCAUGAAUAUGUAUGACGAAAAGACAAUUUGCAAAUAUUGAAAAAUAAAAAAAACUAAUUCAAUUCUUACAUGCAGGUAUAAAAUGAUUGAGAAAUUCUGUGAUAUUAUGUUACUACAAUUAUGUGUUUACGCGUCAAUUUUUAACAGGGAAUGUUGUUAUAAGUUUUUCGCUCUUGCUGUAUGUUUAAUUUUAUGUGUUCCAUGAAUUUUACUAUAUCCUAUAUGUAUAACGGAUUUGUGACAGUCAUGUGUUAAAUGUAAAGCGUAUGUAUGUAUUACAGUAACUUUUUGAAUUUUGGUAAUUCUGACAGUUUCCCAAUUGAGAAGCGACCAAAAUUCAACGAGUUUAAUAUAUCAGAUAUAUACUGUCUGAAUAAAUCUGCAAGACUGUUCUUUCAUUACCUGUUUUACCAUCCCCGACGAACCUAAUCUCGUUGCUAGAAAUUGAAUCGCAAAUUUUACCUGCCCUUACGGCGGGUUAAUGAGUACAGUUUCGUUUUCUCAUCAUUUCUUAUGAUCCGUACUAAGGACUGUUCAGAUUAAUAAUUAACAUGCCCACCUCAAACAUGCCCGCGUACAUUGUUUAAUUUGAGUAUGCAUAAAUUUUAUUCAUAAGCGACAAAAAUAUAAUAUAGUACACACAUAUGUAUAUACAUAUAUGUACUAUAUAUAUUUACAUUUACAAAAACACGGUAUUAUAAUAUUGUGAACGUAACGUUAUUACAUAUAAUAUGUAUAUAAAUUUGUUUAUAUCUUAAGUAAUCCCCUUGUUCGCGUAUUCUCAGAAUUAGAGGUUUCACUCAGAUAAGAGUGUUUUCCCUCUAAACUAAAUUCUAUCGAGAUAAACUCGCAGCGUUCCUCGAAUUACACACGUCGAUGUAAAGCUGAUUAAAAAACACAUGCAUAGGUAUAACACGCCAAGUAAAAUUGGCGAUGUAGGGUUGAAGCAGCUUUUUGUCUUUUGUACACCUCGAACUUCCAGCAAUAAUCGUAAAACACGCGGCUACCGGAUCUCACCUCAAGUACAACAACAGUAGCGAAAAAAAUUCAACCUACGCUGCUGACGAAUGCUUCGUACGUA